UUCGAGGUCGUGCAGAGGGCAGCAACGCAGCAGCAUUGUCGGUCGGCAUUGAUAAUUUCCGAGGCACUCUUAACCCGUAACUGUGUUACUGCGCGUGUCGACCGGCUUCUACGAACUUUUCGGCCGUUGCACGCCCGAGCGGAGCCCGAUCGUGCGUCAGAACCUUCGAGAAAAGCCGCCAACAGAGAUGAUGCAACGCCGUGUGAGCAACGCUAAUGAGUCCAAGACGGCGGAAGCAGCGCCGCCGGCACAGCGACACCUCGCCGUGCAGUCGCCGCAGGGCAAGGCUCCCGAGUCGACCGACAACACUGACUCGGACUCGGUCGAGGAGAUGCCGCUCGACAUCGGCAACAACUACCUGGUACGGCGCGCCGACAAUAAGUGGCACCCGGCAGAAAUCAUCCAGCUGCGUUUCAAUGAGACUGAAUCAUGCUACGAGUACUACGUGCACUACGAAGGCCUCAACCGCCGGCUGGACGAGUGGGUGCCAAAGGACCGCAUCAUGAACUCCAAGUUCCAGAUGACGGACAAGGAGCAGGUGAACGUGAGCGACUCGAUCGAGGACCAGACCGGCCGCAAGGUGACCAGAAACCAGAAGCGACGCCAUGACGAGAUCAAUCACGUGCAGAAAACCUACGAGGAGAUGGACCCGACCACUGCCGCCCUGGAGAAGGAACACGAGGCCAUCACCAAGGUCAAGUACAUCGACCGAAUCCAGUUCGGCAAGUACGAGAUCGACACCUGGUACUUCAGCCCAUACCCAGAGGAGUACGGAAAGCAGAGCAAGCUGUACAUAUGCGAGUUUUGCCUCAAGUACAUGAAACUGGAGAAGACCUAUAGGUACCACAUGAGCGAAUGCACCAGCAGACAGCCGCCGGGGAAGGAGAUUUAUCGUAAAGGGCCGUUGAGUGUGUUUGAAGUGGACGGCAAGGACUUGAAAAUAUACUGCCAGAAUCUCUGUCUGCUGGCCAAACUUUUCCUGGACCACAAGACGCUCUACUUUGACGUCGAGCCUUUUCUAUUUUAUAUUCUCUGUGAUGUGGACAAGCACGGCGCUCAUCUAGUGGGAUACUUUUCAAAAGAAAAAGAGUCGCCAGAUGGAAACAACGUGGCUUGUAUAUUAACUCUACCUCCAUUCCAGCGGAAGGGAUUCGGCAAAUUGCUAAUCGCAUUCAGCUACGAAUUGUCCAAGCGGGAAAAACUGGUCGGGAGCCCAGAAAAGCCUCUCUCAGAUUUAGGCAAGCUCAGCUACAGAUCCUACUGGUCGUGGGUACUGCUAGAAAUAUUAAGGGAUUUCAGAGGAACUCUCUCAAUUAAGGAUUUAAGUGAAAUGACAUCCAUCACGCAGACGGACAUCAUAUCAACGCUGCAAGCGAUGAACAUGGUCAAGUAUUGGAAGGGCCAACACGUAAUAUGUGUGACCCCUAAGCUGGUAGAUGAGCACGUCCGAUCUAAUCACUACAAAAGGCCGAGAUUGAUGGUUGACACGUCGUGCUUGUCGUGGACACCGCCGUACAAGGCUCCGCCAGCAAAAAUGGCAAAGAAGUGAAAGCAUUUCAACUCGAUGGACUGUUGCUUAUAAAGUGAGUACACGAGUUGGUAGAAUCAACUAAGUUAAACGCACUAGCCUGUCGCUGGAGAAGUAAGUGUGGUAUAUUUUAUUGGGGUUGUAACAUACAGCUACUUUCCAGUAAACUUUAGUGGGUUCGACACCCGAAAUAUGCUUGACAGCAUUGUACAGAGACUCUUGAACAGAUUCUCCGAUAUGCCCUAUAAAGGAAACUGUUAGUUUGAAGGAUAAA